AUGCCCCUCUCCCCCAAAACAGUCUUCUUCAGCGUUUAUGGAUCUCACACAGCCGUACGCCUUGCCUUUCUUCCGCUGUGCUACUUCCUCGUCUUCAGUCCGUUCUUAGUGCUACUGGUGCGAUACUAUGGCUACGAUCAGGAAUUUGUACAGAGGAUUCCGUCCAGGUACAGAAGCCCAGAUGCGCUGGCCCAAGUCUUUGCGGCACUGGUCACCGUAGGUUUGUUCACGAGGAUAUUGACUGGGACGAAAUUCGGGAAUGGAAGCAUGCGGGAUGGACACAAGCGCAAUGUCAAUAUUUUACCCUACUGGAUACCUCGCCUUAGACACACUCCCAACCUCCUGUUCCGUGGAGAUAGCUGGCUUAGUAGCAUAGUAUCCUCUUCCAUUACCGAUAUUGUAGGAUUCAGUCUGGCAGGUAUCAAACAUGUCCUCAUUCUCUCGCCCUCUGUCUUGGACCGAGUUGUUGGGAAUACCGACAGCUUUGACCAGGCUGAAUCGUCGAAGUGGUCCAUUAUAUCAAACUCCAUCGGAUUGCCUAGCACCAACAAAGCGCAAUAUCUACAGCUCCAGCCCGAGAUUCGACAACAGUUCGCAUCCGCGUUGUUCAAGGGAGAAGAACUUUUGCAUAUCGUCCAGGCAUCAGUUCGCAUCCUAUCAGAGUCACUACCUGACUUGAUAACAUUCAAUUCUUCACUGGUUGACCAGUUGCCGUGGGAAAGAGUUGCUGGCAUAGAAUUAAGCGAUGGUACGGAAGAGGCGGAAUGCGAUCUAUAUGCUCUUGUGAACGAAUACUUUUCCAGUGCAAUCAUCACGCCUAUUACGGGUCUCCAAUUUACAGAAUCUUACCAACUUCUAGCCAGCGAUCUGGCGACCUUGGAUGAGUCCUUCUACGCUUUAGCACUUGGUUUACCACGGUUCUUCCCGCUUCCCGGAUUGCCCGGUGCAACUUUAGCCAGGAGACGAUUGCUUCAGAACUUUACCAAGUUCUUUCACGACAUUACGUUUCCUCCCACGAAAAAGGUAGUAGCGGACGACGAAAGCGUCAGUGGUGAUGAGGACACAGAUGCGGAAACACCAACACCAAUGACUGUCUUGAACGAGCUAUUCUCGCAGCAUGAUGUACCAAUGGAAGUACGUGCUGCCAUUGCACUUGAGGCUAUCAACAAAAUCAGAUCACAAGCAGUGCCCUUAGCCUUCUGGGUCCUUUAUCACAUUUACUCCUCUUCGGAAGCCCAACCCAAGGAUUCCAGUAAAGAAGCGAACCCUCUUGAGAAGAUCCGGGGAGAGACCAAAGUUUGGGCUCAUGCAGUCCAACCACCUUCGAUUCAUCCGUCCUUUCCCUCUCCGCCUCAAAUCACAUUCGAUGCACCGUCCUCACUAUUCUCUCCAACUACCUUGCCCUUCCUACGCUCAACAAUCUUUGAAGCGUCCCGGUUGUAUAGUGUCUCUGUGACGACAGCAGUAGUCACGAAACCAAUCAUAUUCACUCAAGCGACGUUCCGAGCAGGCGAGGAAGAGGAGAAAUGGCAGCUUGAUGUAGGGUCUUGCAUUGAUGUCGGCUUAUCUCGGCAACUCAUCAAUAGGUCUGCUGCAAAUUACCUGGAUCCACAAAGUUUCAAACCAGAUCGUUUCGCGCACACACAGUCACCGUCUCCACUUGCAGCUACGGUCUUCGAAGAUUCGAACGAGCUAGUGAAUGCCCUGCUCGUGACAGUGGUUGCUGGAAUCACACAGCUAUGGGAUAUCAGUGCUGCACCCAAGAAGAGUUUCUUUGAUCAAAUGCAAGAGGCACAGGCUGCUGCUACUGGCCAGAAGAAUCUCGUUAAUAGCAGCAAAGAGAGGAACACCGGGACUUGGCAAAUGCCAAAUACAGUUGACGGGGCCAGCUGUAAAGUGCCUAAAGGCGAACUUCGAGUUAGGAUAAGGCGGAGAGAAAAUCUCGAAAAACUGAAGAUUGGCUCUGUGCGUAUAUAG